CUGAAUCGGACAAACCUCCGGCGACAACUAAAGCAGCUCUUAUCUGAGGCUUUUGACAUAACUAAGCUUUGUUACAUGAGUCUCUAUCCAUCUACAGAAUUGCUGUCUAUAUCCUCUUCUCGAGUCUGUCUGUCUAUGGUCGAAACCCAGGUAAGUUGUCCUGAAGCUGCUUUAUAAUGGGUGAAUCUUUCACGAUUCAGAUUAGCAGCAACUUAGUCAAACAGCUCGCUGACGAUGGUGAGAAAUCGAAGAGAAAAACUAAGAGAUCCAAACCAAAGCUACCAAGGGAACCCCAGACAAAGGUACAUCAGAAGCCGAUUUCUAGUGAUUCUGAAAUUCCCAAAGUGACUGCUCCUUUGGGUUGGCCAGUCCAGCCUCCACUAUUCAUUCCAGCAUCCCCUCCUCCACAUUCUGCUAUUGCAGAGUUGGAUGCCAUCCGCUCUGCUGUUAAAGAAAGUGAGAAAGUUUUGGAGAGGUUGCAAAAGCAAGAGGAUGUCAUGGUGCAGGAAGUAGCACAGAGAGCCAAGGAUCUCCACGACAAGGAGUUCAAGCUUCCGAACCAGAAGCCCCAGCCCUGUUUGACAGAACAAGAUGCUUGCUUUGAGUGCCACAAGGACCCUGUGAAGGACCCCUUGAAAUGUGCUGAUGUGGUGAAAAACUAUGCAGAUUGUGUUAGGAGAGCCAGACAGCAAGUCAGUUGAGCUGAUGAGUGGGCUACCUUAAAGGUACUUUUUGAAGCUUUAUACCGCGUACAAGCUAACUGAUUGUUUUAAAAGUGAUCCUGGUGGUUUUGUGGUGGUAAUAAACCCAAACUUAUGUCCCUAUACCUGGGUUACUUGUCAUGGAGGAGUUGUUUCGUGAUCGACUGUAUGAAGUUUUGCAUAACCAUUUUCCAUCUCGGAACUAUGUUCUAACUGGUUUGCAGAUGUUAGAUAAAUGGCUUUUGCCGAUUGUGAGUUAUACGAGGUAUUCGAUAUUUUGAUGCCAAA